GAAUGUGAAGUUUACGAAGGCCAGCCAAACCGAGCAUACAUCUCGCCACCAUUCACCGGUAAGGUAGUUGAGACCUCCGCCCUCUUUCGAUGCAUUCGAGAAACCCAAAGAACCAACAAAACAAACCCAUAGAAGAAACACCUUCAAAUUUCUUCAUUUCCACUGAAAACACACACACACACACAUACUCUCUCUCUCUCUCUCUCCCCAGCCCCCCAAAUGGCUCACCUGCUCAAUACCACCUUCAUCCCCACCACUUGCCCCUCCCUCCGCCGUCAUGGCACCACUCUUUUCCCACAAACCCAAAUUGCCACCACAAGAAAAACCCAAAUCCAGUCCAAGAUCCGGGAGAUCUUCAUGCCUGCACUGAGCUCAACCAUGACAGAGGGCAAGAUCGUCUCCUGGGUCAAGUCCGAGGGCGACAAGCUGUCGAAAGGCGAGUCCGUCGUCGUCGUCGAGUCCGAUAAGGCCGACAUGGACGUCGAGACUUUCUACGAUGGCUAUUUGGCUGCUAUUAUUGUUGAAGAAGGCAAUUCCGCACCCGUUGGCUCCGCCAUAGCUCUCUUGGCAGAAAGCGAAGACGAAAUUUCCCAAGCCAAGUCCAAAGCCUCUGGAACUUCGUCUUCUUCUACCUCAUCGUCUUCUCCGCCUCCUCCGGUGGAAGCAACGGCCGGCGAUUCUGCUCCGGUGGGUCCGCCAGUAGUAGAGAAAACUGGUUCUAAAGUGAUGGCCUCUUCCACACAUCCGGCGUCGGAAGGUGGGAAAAGGGUUGUGGCAUCGCCGUACGCGAAGAAAUUGGCGAAGGAGCUGAAGGUGGAUUUGAGUGGAGUGGUGGGAAGUGGGCCUAUGGGGAGGAUUGUGGCCAAGGAUGUUGAGGCCGCCGCCGCUAGUGGUAUUGCUGUUGUGGCGGAGUCGCUGCAGCCGAGUGUUAGUGCGACACCGGUGGCCAAAACUCCGGCCGGUGCCGGGAUUGAAUUGGGUUCAGUUGUGCCGUUUACAACAAUGCAGGGUGCUGUGAGUAGGAAUAUGGUUGAGAGUUUGGCUGUGCCUACUUUUAGGGUUGGAUACACUAUUACGACCAAUGCACUCGAUGCUCUAUACAAGAAGAUUAAGUCAAAGGGGGUAACUAUGACGGCAGUGCUUGCAAAGGCAACAGCACUGGCAUUGGUUAAACAUCCUGUUGUGAAUUCUAGCUGUAGAGAUGGUAAGAGCUUUACGUAUAAUAGUAGUAUCAACAUUGCAGUUGCAGUAGCCAUGGAUGGUGGGCUGAUUACACCAGUUCUUCAAGAUGCUGAUAAGGUUGAUAUAUACUCAUUGUCAAGAAAGUGGAAGGUGUUAGUUGGUAAGGCCCGGGCAAAUAUGCUGCAGCCUCAGGAAUACAAUACAGGGAUUGUGCAAUGUGGGGCUGUAACUUCAUUUGCGAUAGCUGAACUUGUUAUGUGA